UAUGCAGCACAUCUGAGCAGCAGUACAGAGAGCAGGCAGCGCUGCGCGUGUCCUUCACUGCUCCUGGCUAGCUUGUGUGUUCUUGGGAUUGUUUACCGAAACAGCAGAUAAAGGGACAAUACAAAGCCGGACGAUGGCCGCACGGAUUUGGCCUUUAGUGAAGCUUGCCACCAAGGUGACCAUUGCAGGGGGAGCGGUUUAUGUUGCCUGUGACUCUGGUCUGCUGGGAAGCAGUGAACAAGGCUCAGAAGCCCUGGAGAAGGCCAAAGCUGUUGUCCCUCCGGCCUUACAAGAAUGGAUCAAGUAUUUUGGUCUGGAGGCUCAGCUUCCCACCAUGCCUAAGAUGGAGUUCUCCCCGGUCAACUCGUGGAAUGCUGGAGUGCGGUGGACAAUAUCUAGCCUUUCAGAGGCCCCGACAAAAGCGUCCGAGUAUACAAGUCAGGGACUUCAAUAUGUAAAAGAUCUUAUCAAGUGAACAGGACCUCCUUGGAUGACUUCACAUUAUUAGCGUUUGACUUUUGCACUUGAGAAAUAACAGUACUCCAAAGUCAUCAUCCCCUUCCCUUAAGAGAAGAUAUGAAAAACAAAUGCUGGGUGAAGAAUUUCUGAAUUUAACUUAAAAGUGGAAUUUCAUUGAAGUUGUAAAUAAAGCAGGGAAACAUAAUAUUUUUGAAUAUAAAUGUUGGUCUAUACAGCUUAAACUGUCUUCAAUGUUUAGUGCAGUUGUAUGCCCCUGUUCUCAAUCUGUUCCACAUAUUGUAUCAAAGAAUAUCUGAUGUGUAUAUAUCCAAUUUCACCAUUUGCUUGCAAUAACACCAAAUCUU